UAAAUCAGUCUCUGCCCACUCCACUUCACCUCACCACUACCAUCUCAUCAAACCAACCUAGAGAGAGAAAACCAGCUCCCAAGAGAGAGAGAGAGAGAGAAAUGGAAGGCAAAGAGGAGGAUGUGAAGCUCGGAGCGAACAAGUUCAACGAGAGGCAGCCUAUAGGCACCUCCGCUCAGACCAAGGACUACAAGGAGCCGCCACCGGCGCCGCUGUUCGAGCCCGGCGAGCUCACCUCCUGGUCCUUCUGGAGAGCCGGCAUUGCUGAAUUCAUGGCCACCUUCUUGUUCCUCUACAUCACGAUUUUGACCGUGAUGGGGUAUGCGAGGUCGACUUCCAAGUGCGCCAGCGUUGGGAUUCAAGGAAUCGCUUGGGCCUUCGGUGGAAUGAUUUUUGCCCUAGUUUACUGCACCGCUGGAAUCUCUGGUGGACACAUCAAUCCAGCCGUGACAUUUGGUCUGUUCUUGGCGAGGAAGCUGUCUCUGACGAGAGCUGUUUUCUACAUUGUGAUGCAAACCCUCGGCGCCAUCUGCGGUGCUGGCGUUGUCAAGGGUUUCCAGCCCUCCAUCUACCAGAUGCAGGGCGGCGGUGCUAACGUCGUCGCCCACGGCUACACCAAGGGCUCCGGCCUUGGUGCUGAGAUCAUCGGCACCUUCGUCCUCGUCUACACCGUCUUCUCCGCCACCGAUGCCAAGAGAAACGCCAGAGAUUCUCAUGUUCCUAUUUUGGCUCCCCUCCCCAUCGGAUUCGCCGUGUUCUUGGUUCACUUGGCGACCAUCCCCGUCACAGGAACGGGCAUCAACCCCGCCCGCAGCCUUGGUGCAGCCAUUAUCUUCAACAAGGACCAUGCUUGGGAUGACCACGUAAGAUCAUCGCCAGCAUUCUACAUACUCUUUUUUCGUCUUUUGAUAUCUCCGGCUAUUACUAACUUAAGUCGCCUGUGUAACGUGCCUCGUUGCAGUGGAUCUUCUGGGUCGGACCAUUCAUCGGAGCUGCGCUCGCUGCCCUCUACCACCAGGUGAUCAUCAGAGCCAUCCCAUUCAAGAGUGGCCACUAAAAUUUUCCUCUUUGGUGUGCCUUGUGCUGCUGCUACUUGAAAGUGUGAAGCUGCUGCUGAUUUUCUUGGUUUUUCUUUUUCCUACUUGAUGAUGAACUAGAAUUGUGUUUAUUGUAGUUUUAUUUAUGUAUUUUAUCUACUGAGUAUGGACCUAUGUUUGGCUCACAUGUAAAGAUAAUUGUAUGAUUUGGGAUUACUAUUGUAUUGCAAUUCGGCCUACUUUUCAUCAAA